AUGACCGAAAAAUCAAUCGAAUUAUCCGAAUUACCACCGGAGAUUCAGCAAUUACUGGUGGACAAAUGUGAUUUUAUUACAAGACGUCGACUCCGCGCUUCCUCUUCCCUCAUGUAUCAAGUCGUCAAUUCCACAAAACUAUACAUUCCAUUUGUGAAAAUCAAGGAACUUUCGAACGAAGGAGUAUUCGUGAAGCUGACAAUCAAUCUCUUCAAAGACGAUUACACGCUGAAAUUCAAGAAAAAUCAGACAGGCGGGACAAGAAUUUGUCAAGAUUUUCGGAAGGAAGUGUUGAUUGAAAAUUCGGAUCCAAUGGAUGAAGCGGUCGACUGGUUCAGACAGAUGUGUCUUCAGAAGAACAUCACAAUCGGACAGUUUCAAAUCGGAUCGACUUACGACUCGAAAAUAUUUACAGAAGAACUUGACGAAGUUCUGAAGAAAAGUGAAAUUCCAUUGAAAAUCAAAUCGAUUCAUUGUGUGGGAACAGAAUCUGGUGAUUUGAUGUGGAAUUAUUUUCGGAAAUCGGAAAUUUCCGAAAUUUCCGAAAAAAACAUUUCGGAAAUUUUCCGACGGAAAAAGGUUCUGAAAAAAGUCGGAAAUUUCGGAAAUUUCGGAAUUUCCGAUUUCCGUUCCGCACAUCCCUGA